CCUGGACCGCAUCCGGGGCUGCAAUCCACACUGUGUCUAGGGCGAGGCUAGGUUGAAUCCUGUACAUGACCAUGGCCACUUUUAGUGUUUUGUGUCCAAAUGGAAGACGUCAACAAGUCAAAUCUAGUCUGAACAAGAUAAUGCUUGAGGUUCUUGAAGAAGCGUGCAAAAAGCAAGGAUUUGAUUCGUCUCAGUAUGGACUGAAGCAUGGGAGGCAGCUACUUGAUCUGACUGUGCCUAUUCGUUUUGCAAAUUUAUCGAACAACGCUAAGCUAGAGAUGACGAAACUUCCAUCACCAAGAGCAGAGGCAUCUACGAACAUUGCUCUUCAGUUGGAAAAUGGAGAUAGGUUGCAAAAUAAUUUUCCACCCUCUAGUUCUCUUUGGAGUAUUUUGCAACACUGGAAUUCAGUCAAUGAGAGUCCAGUGCAAGGUCAACUGUUAGAAAAGGAAGGAAUUGAUCCUGUUUGUGUAUACCUGAGACAAGAGUUUUGUGGGAAGAAAUCUUUACAGGAAACAACUUUGAGAUCUCUAGGUUUAUGUGGAGGACGAGCUGCAGUCAGGUUGUUGUAUCAAGUGAGAGAUGCAGCGAUGACUGAGAUUGAGAGCGACCCCUCCAGUGUGACUGCCAGUGAAGAAAACAAGGAACUGCAAAAAUGUACUGAAAACCAGGUUGUGGAAAUGGAAGUGGAGGAGAGCCCUUGUGUGGGUGCAGCAAAGGAGAUUACUGAAGACAUAGCAGAUCAAACUGAAGAAGCACAGCAGCACAUGCAAAAGAAUAGUAGAGAAGUUUGUAGUGAUGAAUCAUUGUCAAGGAAUAAGCAGGAUAACUGGAGGUUAGAGGAAGUACGUUCUGGCACCUCUCAUGAUAGCAAUCAAAGGUCUGCUGUGGUCAGUGAGGGCUUGGGGGAAGAUAAGGGGUCUGCAACAGCAGCUGAUAUCAUUUCUCAUCAGCUCACUAAAUCAACAGGCUCCAGGUCUAAAGGCAAACAGAAGAAAGGCUUACUAGAAACACCAAAAUUAUUAGAAUUUCAAGAUUUUAAGUUUCCUGAGCAGACUAGAGGAGCUGCUUUAUACCAAGCAGUUGGAAGUUUUGUGCCUUCCUCUCCUGUUGAGAAGGCUUGUGACAGAGAGAUGAUGGUGUAUACACUCACUGGUGCCAAUUCUUCUGAAAACUUUGAUGACAAUAUGCAGGAUGAUACCUUCUUUGAAGUGACCGUAAAUGAUGUGCAAUCAAUGAUUCAAAACGUAAGAGCUAAAAGUGGUCAGGGUGCUUCGCUCAUGACUAGAGCACAAGUGGAGGCACUAGAGAGACGUAGACUGGAACAGUAUGACAAAACAACUGUACGAGUACACUUUCCUGAUAGAAUUAUACUACAAGGAUUCUUUAAAUCGUAUGAAAAAAUUGCAGCAUUAUAUGAGUGGGUAAAAGGUUGUCUUGCUGAGCCCAGUCAAGAGUUUGAACUUUAUACAACACCUCCUAAGCAGGUGCUUUCGAGUGCAAACAAAACUUUUGCACAAUGUGGACUUGUACCUGCUUCCAUAAUUUAUUGUGGUUCUGUAGUGCCUCAUCAAGAAAUUCAUUUACGCAAAACACUACUUGAAGACUUGAAAACACUCAGAGAUGCAGAGACUCUUGUAGAAAGCAGAGCAGGAAGACCGAAGACAGCACAAAGUUUUACACAUAAUGAAGGAAUUAGAGCACAGGCCGGUGGUAGAGGAUUAUCAUCUAUUUUAGGUGGCAACCAGAGAUCUGAACAGAGCUCAAAUAAGGCUGGAGCAAGAGGAAGUCAUAAUGCUGAAGAAAGUGUAGACGGCAAACCAUCAAGUGCUUCUGUUUCAAAAAUUACAAAGAACACCCCAAAAUGGUUUAAAAUAGGGAAGAAAUGAUGAAUAUUAUGCUGCAAUUAUUGACAAAACAACUCGCUUAAAGAUAGUGCAUGUGCAUGUAGUGAAUUAUGCUUUGUCAACAUUGAAAACGCAGGAUUUUUGAUCUUGCCGUAAAUAUUGUAACUUGUGAAUUUGAAAAUUAGAUAUGUAUUGCAAUUGGAGUCUUGAUAAUUAGCUAUAGUGUUUCUGAUCAUGAGUGUUAUACCUGUGGUAUUGCUAGCAAUGCUCUUAUGAUGACAUUUGCAAGUAUUAUUAUAGACACGGUUUAGAUUGUUUAAAAAUUGAAAUUAAUG